AGCUUAUUGCUUGCCGAGGGAGAUUGACAUAGAAUUUUCUCUCGAAAGAUUUUUUUUGUGCAUGGAAAGGUGCAAUUUUUAAAUUAAUCAAUUAACAAGAGCGCGCCGCGCAAAUCUAUCACCAUGGACGUGGACCUCAGCCUGGACGAGAUAAUUGAACGCAAGCGCGUAAAGAAUGCCACACGGGGCGCCGAUAAAAAACAGCUGGGCGUUCAGAUGAAGCCGCGCAAGGCAGCUGUCAAGCAGGGCCUGAACACACACACAUACGACGCCCGCAACAAGAUCAUCCAGAAGACGCGCGCAAAAAUCGUGGACGCUCGCGACAUACUCAACCAGAAUAUUCGCGAGUCCGGCAUCGAUGCUCGCAACGUACUGCUCGAGCGCAAGAAGGAGCGCAUGCCGAUGCCCCUGCCGUUGCCCGUGAAGACGGGUCGCUCGCCGACUCGUGGUGUCGGCGGCGCUGGCAGUCUACAGAAGAGUCGGUUUACUCAACGGAUUAUAGCGAUGAACAAACCACCACACGCCGUCAUUCAAAGACUAUUCGAUCUGAAGAAGGAUCGCGCUGGACUUGGCUACAAGCCGCGCAUCUCGAGCACUUCGGGCCUCUCGUAUCGGCCCAGCCGACUCGAUGCAAACGCCACGCCGUUUGUGCCACGCGGCUACGUGGACUACGACGAUAUGCAGAAGCAGGAAGAUGAGGAAAUCGCACAAACUCUGCACCUGGCUAACAUCCAUUGCCCAUCCUCGAGUGCUGGGCCACGCGUUCGCAUGACCCGUGGCUACGACGACUAUGACCUGGACAUGGACGGUGUGGAGAUCACAGCCCCAGGCGGCAGUCCUCUGUCUAAUGAUCCAUUUUCCGUCUACGAGGCGGCACGCAAUCGUGUGGAGCGACCCGCCAUGCCGCCUCCGCCAUUGGGGGGCGGCCGUAGGGAGGGCGUGGACAAACUGUUCGAGCGACGCCAGCGCAAUCUGGUGGCCACAUCCAAUCUGCCGGACGCGCUGCGUGCCCGUCUCUUUGGCAGUGAGCCCGAUCGUCGCGUCUCGCACGGCAUCUACGCUAACGAGAAUGGCAGCGGUCAGUCCAAGGGGCACAUGGAGACGCACCAUAUGUCCUCGCGGUCCAUGCACCAGCGCCGUAGUCCACCGAACGUGUCGAUGUCGUUGCCACUGAGCGUGGUCAACAAGCCCGGCUACCGUCUGCUGGUGAGCAAUCUGCACGCCAACGUCACCACGGCGGACAUCCGUGAGCUGUUCAAUGACAUCGGGCCCAUGUACGAUGCCCACGUGGUGCGUCCCGGCACGGCCGAGGUCAUCUACAAGUCACUGGAGCACGCCGAAAUGGCCGUGGAGGCGUAUCACCAGCGCGAGUUCGAUGGCCAGCCGAUGCACUGUGUGCUGGUCAAUCCGCACUCCUCCAAUCGCUCCACGCACUCUGUCAGUUCACGGACCGUGACCACAAACUCGUCGGGCGUUGAGGUUGACAUCGAUGCACUGCACUCGGUGCUCUUCCGCGAUCGCUAGGCCAUCCAGCCUGAUCCACACACCCAGCAUAAGCGCAAUUUAGGCAAUUACUAAGCGAACGAUUCACCUAGACACUGACAUUAAUUCACUGAGUACAUUGGCUCCUCAUCUCGAUCUACUCUGAUGGCCGCACCUUAGACAUAAGCUACUUUUACUGUACUUUCGUUUGCAUAUUUAUAUGUGUUGGUCACACACACGCACACACCUCGAAACACUUCGGAGCUCACUUAGUCACAUAGUCAAGUUUUAAUCAAAUUUUGUUUAUUUUUUAUACAUUCAUAAUCGAAUUACUCGGUUUUUAUAUUAGACGACUAGACACCGUCUGUAGCUCCUCUAUGGUACACCUAUUGGACCCUGUGUACUCCCUUCUCCCUCUAUCCAUUCAUUAUUCUGUGUAUACUCAAGAGCAUCUAGGAAUUAAUCAAAUAUAUACUUGCAUAAACUGCGGCAACUACAGCUAAUUUAUACACUAAUCAGUAUAUUGUACUACGGCUAAAAUAUGUUUUAGUCCAGGCUUGCAGCUGCUGUUCAACUCUGAUUAGAUUAGAUACCACAUAUACAUGUACACACACAUACACUUUAGUCUGGAAGUGACAAAUAAACUUGUAUUGUUCCGCGAAAUA